UAUUUCUUGUUCCUUGUUGGACUAAGCAUUUAUGUUUUGUCUUCUUUUUCUCCUCAAUAAAGACAACCACAUUAUUCAUCACCCAUAUAUACAUAUAAUAAUCUAGCCCACAAACCCAAAUUCAACAAGUUUAGAUUUUUCAUUGGUGUUAGCCACUGAAAUUCCAUAACAGUGAUAAUUUUGAGUAAAAGAUUUGAUUUUGACACCAAGAUGAAGAUGGGUAUGAAAUUCAUGGUUUUUGCAGUGUUGGUGUCAUGGUUUUGGUCAAUUCCUACCUUUGCAGCAGAACAACAACAGAAGCUGAGGUUUGAUGAAAAUGGAGAAUUCAAGAUAUUGCAAGUGGCAGAUAUGCACUAUGCAGAUGGAAAGAAAACACUUUGCUUGGAUGUUCUUCCUUCUCAAAAGGCUUCUUGUACUGAUCUUAACACCACUGCUUUCAUUCAUAGGAUGAUCCUUGCUGAGAAACCUAACCUUAUUGUCUUCACUGGAGAUAAUAUCUUUGGGGCUGAUUCUUCGGACUCGGCGAAAUCAAUGGAUGCUGCAUUUGCUCCUGCAAUUGCAUCAAACAUUCCUUGGGUGGCUGUUUUAGGAAACCAUGACCAAGAAGGAACACUCUCUAGGGAAGGUGUGAUGAAAUAUAUUGUUGGAAUGAACAACACUUUAUCUAGAGUCAAGCCUCGAGAAGUGCGCAGCAUCGAUGGUUUUGGAAACUAUAACUUGGAGGUUGGUGGUGUUCGAGAUACUGAUUUCGGAAACAAAUCGGUUCUCAAUCUUUACUUUCUUGAUAGUGGAGAUUAUUUCAAAGUUCCUGAGAUUUCUUUUUAUGAUUGGAUCAAACCUUCGCAGCAAGUUUGGUUCGAGAAAACGUCUGCGAAGCUUCAGAAAAAAUACAUAGGAGGGCAUGUGCCUCAGAAAGAAGCUGCUCCUGGUCUUGCGUACUUUCACAUCCCCUUGCCGGAAUAUGCAAGUUUUGACUCAUCAAACAUGACAGGUGUGAAAAUGGAAACAUUUGGCGGUGAUGGCAUUAGUUCUGCUUCGGUGAACUCUGGUUUCUUCGCAACCUUGGUUGCAGCAGGAGAUGUGAAGGCCGUUUUUGUAGGCCAUGAUCACAUCAAUGACUUCUGCGGCAAGCUAAUGAAUAUACAACUUUGUUAUGCUGGAGGGUUUGGAUACCAUGCUUAUGGACAAGCCGGAUGGUCUAGGAGAUCAAGAGUGGUGGUAGCUAGCUUGGAGAAGACGGGUAAGGGAAGUUGGGGAGAUGUCGAGUCGAUUAAAACAUGGAAACGCCUCGAUGAUGCACAUCUCACUAGAAUUGAUAGUGAGGUCCUAUGGAGCAAGAGCUCUCGUGGAAGCAGUGGCUAAAAACAAAUUGGUGGAAAUUGAUGAUUUGAAAGUGAUGCAAAGAAGUAUUGGUGUAUCAACAUGGUUACUUUUUUUUUUUUAAUGAAAUAUUAAUAUGAUUGCGUAUUUUGAAAAUUCUAAUGAGUUGCUAUACAAGUUAGUAUUGAUGAAAAUUGGAAACUCUCAUACACAUAGCAUGUAAUGCGACAUCAAUAUCGACACAUGUGAUUAUGUUCAAUUUUUCAUAUUAAGUUCAAUUUUUCAAGUUCAUUUUUUCCUGUUUUUCAUAGCUAUUUUUCAAGUUCAAUUUUUCCAGUUCUUCAUAGCUAUCACAUUUGUUAUCCAUUGUAGAUUUUUGACUACUAAACCAGAGAAGUAGUUCUUUUGUCAAUUGCAAUACUAUUAAAGAGUUUUUCUUAUUCUUUGUUGGUAAAUCGGAGCAUUUAGGAAUUCAAGGCUAUGUUUGGAACCCACGACCACAAAUUUAAGGAACUUAACUAUGUUUGGAUAUUAUAAAAUGAAUGAAAUGAAACAGAUCAUAGUAAAAAUUAUGUUCCAUCAUUUAGAAAUUUUAAGGAUUGGACAAGAGAAGUUCUUCAUUUUGCCCAAAUCAGAGGGAAAGAAAUAUAGUGGUAAGAGAUAGAAUUAAAUGAAAUUCAUACCACUUCAUUCCCCUCCAUCCAAUAUUAAAUUAUUCAAACAAUGAAACACCGUUUCAUUUCAUCUCAUACUGCUCCACUUCAUCAGAUUCCAUCAAUCAAAACAAAGCCUACAUAUCUUUCAUUUUGUGUCACACUAAUCUUAAGGAAUUCUUGUUAUUUUGUUGUUAAAAGUUACAAAAUUCACAUCCUUUUGAAUGAAGAUUUAGCAGGUUAUAGCCAGGACAGUCUAUUGUCCCCUGCAUUAGUUGCCAUUAGAUGUUAUCUCAGUCUUUAUAUCAUCCAUGCAAAAAUCUAAUUUGUUACUUCUUGGAUUUACAUUCAAGCCAUCUAAACUUAUAAAUAGGUAGUAUUUAUACAUUGAACCAUCAACCUGUGCAUCAUAUUGAAUUAGGUAACCAUUUUACAAGCUUUCACCAACAUAAACACUCCCUAAAAAAACAUGUAACCCUUACAACUUGCUAAAACAUGUUCACCAUUUGUUUCUCCAAGGUUUAGAGUAUCAUAGUUGUCUUAGACCCUUCUCACUUGGGAGUGAAAGC